GGUCAGCGAGUAUUUGUCGGACAGCAGUAUUUAUCGGACGUUCUAUUUAUUUCGUGUAUUUUAACCCAUUAGCACAAUUUUCUACGUCACAUCCUUACGCGCGAUUGUUUUCUCAAUGUUGACACCAGAAAUUCGUUGAAAGGCAAGUAUUGUAGUUAAAUAAUUGUAAUGUUUACAAAUUUUGUCGCAAUGAAAUGUGACCUCCGCGCGGGGGAUAUUAAUAGUACGCGCAUGCGCAAAAUAAUUCACUCAAUAAGGCCCGACCUGUGUUCUUGAGAUUUUCGGUCGUCUGCUACAAUACACCAAACCUCCAUUGUUUUUUCUUAAAACCUCAUAUUUAACACGAAACUGAUGUAGUCAACAGCAACAAACUAUUUCAAUUAUUGAUUUGUUUACAUUAAAAACUCGACACACUUUUUUAUAAACAGAUAUCGUAUUUGCUUGCAAAAUGUUUAUAGUUAACGCUUUGAUUAAAGGGAAACAAAUCUUAUUGACGACUAUAUACAUUCACUGCUGGGAUUUUCGCCCUUGAUGGGUUUGUAAUAGCUGUGUUUCGUAAUAUUGAAUAGUCUAAUCUAUGUUAAUGUUUGCAUAGUUUAAGUAAUUUUACGAAUAAACCCCACAUUUGAUACACAAAUAUAAGUUUAGGAAUGCUAGCAUUAAUUAAACGACUUAAAAAGGAUAAUGGUAUAUUUAAGUGUCUGUUUUACAAUUAGAAUGUAAUGCAAAAAUGGAUUGAAUUGCAGAAAACAAAUGCAAUCAAGGGAAAAGACACAGAUGCAGCGUGCCGUCUCUGCUGUUAGGCAGCACAAAAUGAAAAUUAGGGUCGCUGCACGGGAAUUCAAUGUUCCACGUAGUACAUUAUCAGAUCAUGUACAUGGGCGUGUUGGCGAGACACGCCCAGGCCCAGUGAGCCUAUUAAACGAUGAGGAAGAGGGGGCUCUUGUGAGUUAUCUAUUAUACAUGGCGGAUCAUGGUUUCCCUAUGACACGAAACAGAACCCGUGUUUAUAUUCGGGAAAUCAUUAAGCAAGGAGGUAGGACAUAUCCGUAUAAGGUGUCAGAGAAUGGGCCGUCAGACGAAUGGUUCCGAAAAUUGUUUGCGCGCCACCCGGAACUUCAGGAACGGACGCCCGAGAGUUUGGAUCCGGCACGUUCCUCAAUGUCGAGGGAGGAUGUCAUAUACCCAUUCUUUGACUUUCUGGACAAAACCCUCACACAGUAUGGUGUAAAAGAUAAACCGUCACAAAUAUUCAACUGUGACGAGACCGGUUGGUCGGGAAAAGAAAAAGCCAAAGGGAAAGUUAUUACUGGAAAAAGGGAGCACACCAUCAACCGGAAAGUUAUGGGCGGUGGAGGAAACCAUAUAACCGCGCACCUUUGCGUUUGUGCAGAUGGGCGGUUUCUCCCUACAAUGAUUAUUUUCAAGGGUUCAUUGCCACACACGCGUUUUACCGACGGCGUGCCAGACACAUGGCUCUAUGGGAGCAGCUCGACGGGGUAUAUCGACCAUGAGUUGUUUCAAACAUGGUUCAUGAAAGGAUUUCUGCCCCACUGUGGGCGAGCAAGGCCGGUUGUCUUGAUCAUGGACAAUCAUGACGCACACAUUUCCCUACCAGUUAUUCAGGCGGCCAGGGCGAACGAUGUUGUGCUGAUCGGGUUUCCAGGCCAUACCACGCACAUCUUGCAGCCGUUGGAUGUGAAGAUAAUUGGCCCGUUAAAGACAAACAUGGCAUCACUUGCGUCUGAUCUGGGAAUUGUUUGCCCGUCCUUGACUAUAGGGAAAUCCAAAUACCCUGUUUUACUGAAGUAUGCGAUGGACCGCAUCACACCGUCUACCAUCAUAGGGGCUUUUUCAAAGCUGGUAUCGUCCCACUAGACAGGGGAGCCAUAGACGAGUCCCAGCUUAUACCGGCGAUGUUUCCCGCUGUGCAAAAUAUUAAUGAUGACAACUCGGCCCAGACAUGUAAAGAAUGUGGACGUUUCACGGUUAACCCUCUUGUCAAGGCCGGUCUAGUGCCUGAGUCACUUGCUGACAUUUUAGUUCCACCAGCGUCAAAACCUGCAGCUCAACGAAAUAAAAGAAGAAUAGUUACCGAGGGACGAGUAAUAAGUGGUGACGAAAUACUGAAGGAGUUAAUGGAACGAGAGAAAGCUUCCGCCGAGAAAGACCGUCGAGAUGCGCAGCGAGCUUUGGAAGCCGACGAAAGGAAAAGAAUGAAAGAGCAGGGAGAAAUUGAAAAGAUUAAGAGAAAAGAGGAACGUGUUGAAAAGCGAUUGGCCAGGGAACAGGAACAGAAGAAAAAAGCGGACGAGAAAAUGGAUAGAGGGAAACUUGCUAACAAGAAGUUUACGUGUGGAGUCUGUUGUAUGAGAGGGAGGGUGUUGGAUGAGAGCAAGGGCAUUGUGUGGUUCGGGUGUGAUGAGAAAGUGUGUGGCAAAUGGUACCAUUUUGAAUGUUUGCAUCGUAGCGAGCAAGAAUACUUACGAGAGAGUAUGGAAGAGGGAGAAAGCUGGUAUUGUAAGGCAUGUAAGCCAUGGCUGUAUUGUGAAGAGUGAAUGGCUGUGUCCCUUGUGUUUCUCGUGCACGAGAUUCAUGUAAGCUGCUUUUGACGUUUGUGAUGUAUUGAUUAUUAUAAAACCUUAUGUAUUGAAUGAAACACGUUUUUUGUAUUAAAUAAUCAUCAUAUUAUAAAUAAUACCAAUGCAAUGAUAA